GGGAUGGGCCGGCCUAGGAUAUAAACCGGUUUUUUAUAGCUGGAGAUACAAACCGGGUUGAUCUAUAGGUCAUAAGUUAGGGCUACAUCGAGAGAUUCUUCCCCAAUUCUCAUCCGACGCAACAAUGGCAAAGAACAGAAACAAGAAGAAGAAAAAUGGCGUUGCUCCGAUGGAUCUCGCCGGAAACCAGACGGAGAAGGUCUUUCAAGGUGUCUCAGACAUGGAUACUUCCGAGGCCGCUGCUCCGACGCCGUCCGCCACCGCCAUCCACACAAAGGUUAAGAAUGUGCAAAUGAAAAGGAAAAAGAAUGCCCGAAAGAAGAAAGCGAUAGCCAAAGCCGUAGCAAAAAGAGAGAAAUCAGAGGAAAAAGUUUUGAAGAGCGAAGUCAAGUUAAAGAGAAUUCGAUUCGCCAAAACGCUGUACGACUAAAAUUUACUCCGAAUAUAUAUAGGCCUUUUCCAUUUUGUAAUUGUGAAAUGUGUUCACCCUUUCUUUAUUCAACUCUUAUUUAUUUAGCCAAAUAUUUUUGGCAUUGGGGCUGGAUCUCAGGCGAGUCAAAUUAUCUGAAUACAAAAUAUCUGCCAUUAGUAGUACAAUUGGAGUGGUCAGUGGUCUAUAUAGUUUGCCUAGUUAUGAGUUUUGGGGAAUGAAAAUUGUUUCGUUUG